CAGAAAAGUAAUGUAUUGGUUUUUCCAUGAAUAGGAGCAAGAAUUUGUUAAGAUUGUAGGAAUCAAAUAUGAGGUUGGACCACCUACACUAUGCUGCUUGAAACUUGCAUUUUUGGACCCCAUUUCAGGCAAAAUGACUGGAGAGUCCUUUUCCAUUAAGUAUCAUGACAUGCCAGAUGUCAUUGAUUUCCUUGUGUUACAUCAGUUUUAUAAUGAAGCCAAAGAAAGAAACUGGCAGAUUGGUGAUAGAUUCCGCAGUAUAAUAGAUGAUGCCUGGUGGUUUGGAACUGUGGAAAGUCAGCAGCCUUUUCAGCCAGAAUAUCCUGAUAGCUCUUUCCAGUGUUACAGUGUUCAGUAAGUAUAGCUCAUUCGU